CUACAAGACAAGCUUUCAUACCCAUUUCAUCUUGUACUUCUCUCCCAAAUUCCCCAAAAUGUCUGGUGACAUGACUAUGCCGCCGGGAUCAAUGUCCAAUGAUACUAUGAACAUGAAUGACAUGAUCAUGCACGUGAGCUUCUACUGGGGCAAAGAAGUCAUCAUUCUCUUCCAAGGAUGGCCUAACAACAGACUUGGCAUGUACAUACUGUCUCUCUUCUUCAUCUUCUUUCUCUCUGUUGCCAUUGAAGUCUUGUCCAUCUCUCUACCAGCAAAGCCGGGUAUGAGCCCAAUGGUUGGCGGGUUGACUCAGGCCGGUGUCUAUGCUCUCCGGACCGGUCUUGCUUACAUGGUCAUGCUCUCUGUCAUGUCCUACAACCUUGGGAUUUUCAUGGUGGCCGUGGCCGGCCACGCCUUUGGAUUCUUUCUCAUAAAGUGCUGUGCACUGGCUGUGGGUUCCCGAACUGGGGCCACAACGAACAACACUCCUAAAGUUUGAUGUUACAAAGCAAACUCACCUCAUAUGAGAAUAUUGUGUUCCAUUUUAUGAUCUAUUUUUGUAUUUUUGGAACUUUUUUUUUAUAGAUAAAUUACAAAUAUAUCUCCUAAGGUUUGUUUAAA